GAGCAAGCAGUUUACACCACGAACCAAAACCUUGGCCGUUGCAGACGUCCCCAUCCGAGUCCUCGAUGCUUCAGGCUGUGGCGCAACUCGGCUUGAACUUGAAAUCGAGGAAUUCCAGCUUCGAGUCUCUAUUCACUAGGUGCUAUUUGUCGCUGUGCUUAUGCAGUGUGGCAAGCCUGAGCCCACAGAGAAGGCCUUAGCUGAGACUCAUGACGUUUCAAAGGCUUUUCAGCUUGGUCCAGGAUGCGGGAGAGGCGCUGAUGAGAAGGCUUACUUUGGCGAGCAGCCGGUUUCUGAGAGCCUUUAUUACAAGGGUCAUGCUGGGAGUAUCGCAGACGCCUCGGGCGCUCGAGUCCACUGUUGUUCAAGUUCAUCUCUAAAUUGUGGUCACUGGGCAGUAACUGCAGCGGGCGAAGCAGAGAGCCUGGACCCAGUUCACGGUGUGCGCUGCUGUGGCUUGGCUCUGCAGGAAACUGGGACAUGGCGGCGAGCAUUGAGCGCUGCAUUGUCUAACGGAUGAUCUGGGUGCGAGGAACGGGCAACGAAGUGUCAGUGGCUCAGGCUCAAUGCUGGUUGCGUCGAAUCACGGGCCUGUGCCUGACAAGGAACAGCCUGAGGCACAGCAGUGGCUGAUGCAGUUGAGUGAUGAGGCACGAGGGGCCCUUGAAACCAAGUCACAGCAGGGAAUCCAUCACUGACGCUUGCAGGAGAGUAGAGACACAGCGAGGGAGUCACUUUGCCCGACUCGUACACGGUUGUAGGUAGGUAUAGGUGACACAGCCUGGCAUUCAAGUUACGGGCAUCUCGAGGCCCAUAGAUAUCCAUUGCUGGUCUUCCCCUGGCCCCUGGUGCAAACGGCGGCCCACAACCAGCCGAGUGCCUGAGCCUUAGAAGCCCCCAGCCGCGAUCCUGGUUAAACGGUCCUUGAUUUAAGUGGUGCUCAACUGUGCCCGGAGAGUGGCUGCGAGGGAGAUCGUCUUUGUGCCGAAGCAAAGGUCGACCAUUUUAAUUCGAUACGCCGUGCAGUAGAGUACCAGGUACACACUGCAGUAGUAGUUGGUACCACUGUGUAGCGUGUGGUAGGUUUGUGCAUCUCCAUCACAGACCAUCCCGACUGACACCACAUUGCCCGGACCACUGCCAGUGUGUCCUAACAACCCAGACCCAAGAACCUGAGGAACCACACUUUCUCCAGCCAUAUCCAGCGCCUUGUAUGUCAUGACUGCACGGGUCACGAGCCCACGAGUUUGCUACACGCAACGACGUAUUUUCCUGUCGAUCGCUUCGGAGCUGAAUGAUCUCGUUUCCAUUCCUCGACGAUUCCUACUUUGAGCUGCUGCUUUAAAUCGGCCUUUCAUUUCGUGCGGUCGGGUUCUACUGGAAGACAAUGAACGCCAUUGUUGUCCAGACUUUGCGCAAGACUUGAUUCCUUUGGUUGGACAUCUCUUUGUCCACCCGCUUCCAGCGACAUACACAGACACAUACACCAGUCCAGAACACCUCUCGGCAAUACUGCCCGCCGCCAAAUGGCUAGCCUGUGAGGCCGAUAUCUCAUCCUAGGGACAAGAUGAUGGCCGGCAAUCAAUAUCGCCAGCAGUGGCAACAAAGCCCUGCUCCGAACCAGCAAUCAUAUCAGUACGAUCGUAGGCACGAUCAAAGGCAAUGGCAAGAGAACGGGAGAGCUCAAGGGGUAUACACGGACAAUCAGGAAUAUCAACGAUACAAUGAGGCUCCUCAAGAUCACCGCGGUUACGGCGGACUCGGAGGACAGCGCACGGCUCCAGCGCCCGCGCGGAGGAACAACUACGACCAAGACUGGCAAUGGCAGGGUCAGGAUCAAUACUCUCAAGGAGGCUAUCAGAACUCGUACGCCGAAGGCAGAAAUGGAUACCACGACCAAGCGUACAAUGAGGAUAUAUACCAUGAUCAAAACCAUGCCCCAAACCGCACCUAUCAAUAUGACGACAGAUAUCGAAGCCACAAUGGCCAGCGCAAACCGCCGAUGCAAUAUAACGCGAACGGGCCCGACAACUUGAACCAGCGGGGAUCACCCCGCCAUCAAAGGUCGGAUCCUCCUAGUCCGGAGAAGAGAUCGAAAACGCGGGAAAGGGAACGACUCGCGGCGAACCCGACGUCUCCUAAGAGCCUGGCCUGGGACAAUCCAUUCGGAGCGUUUCCGAAGAAGUCGUCUGAGAGGGAAAGGCGCGCCAGUUUGGAAAAUGGACUAAACAACUUGACCAUCAACGACUACCAGCAAAGCAGCGGAGAUCCUGAGGCGAGACCGCACACGUCUCAUGGUCAUCGCGGACCGCCGAGGAAGGACCCUCCCCGACCUACCACUGCGCACGACCGCUCUCAUGAUAUGGUUCGACCUGCUCUCCAGGAGUACCAGAUACAACCUGCGCGUGGUUCGGCAGACACGCAUCCUCCACGUCAGAACUUCAAUUCAAAUGGCUCUGGACCCACACCGCAAGGCUAUCAAACCCAACCCGGGCGUGGUUCGGGCGAUAGCGGUGGGCAACGGCGAGACUUCGAUCCGGACUCGAGUCGACGGCCUCAGGAGGACUAUGAGCCACAGUCGGGUCGCGGUCAGUCCUACCCUGACUAUCAGCGUCAGAACCCCGGUCGAGAGAUGGGGCGACGUCCGGUGCAAGGCUACCAACCACAACCUGGUCGCGGAGCAGCCGAUGUUGGCAACCAGCGUCAAAACUACGAUGCGGAUAUGGGCCGGCGUCCAGGACAGAACUACCAGCCACCACCGUCUCAGGGUCCAGACACCAGUCGCCCCCGUCAGGAUGUCAGGACGAACCAAUCGACUAAUAGCCCUGCAAAUCGACGGCCUGUUCCGGAACCACGUCGUGGACCUCCGCCACAGCCGAUGAAGCAAGAUCUACCACAUGCUCAAGCAUACGGCUCAAUGUCUGACUAUCCUUCUAAUGGCGGGCUCAACAUUCGAGGCGGCUACCAGCCUCAAAGCCCUCGGCGUCAGGAGUAUUUCACGACAAACGAGCGUUACGAUAAUGACUACAUCCCGCCUUCAGUUCCAUACGAGUCACCUAACGAACCUUCUCCAUCCAGAUCCGCGCCUCGGUCUAUACCUCAGAACAAUUACAGAGCUGACCCCUAUGGAGCGGAAGUGCCCAAUCCAACGCCGCAAUAUAGAGGGAGAGAUAGGGAAGUGCCCAAUUUCGAUGCCAUUCCUCCCUACGCCAACGAAAACCCCGAAGACCACGUUAGUCCAAGCCCACCUGCUUCUUUCAACCCUCAAGUGUACCGCAAGCCAACAUAUCAGGAGCCCGGCUCAUUACCAGGGCCGAUCGAUACCACUCAGAACAAGCCAGUUCCAGCCAAGAUAACCGACUCACCUCUGGCCGAGUUCUCUUUCGAUCUGCCGCCUAGUGGCAACAACCGACCCUUGACGCCGAGCAGAAAUGAUGUCUCUGCUCAAGCACCGUUGAGAGGAGAAUACGGUGGACCCAGAAACUUUGACUCGAGAGCACCUCCCGCUGAUGGGUAUGGGAGUGUACAGACUCAGCCAGCACCAGUCUCACAGUAUCCUCCACGAGCGGCCAGUAGAAACGGCAUCAAGCCACCCGUGGGCGCGGCUCCUCCGAUGCCUGGCAAUAACCAAGGAUAUGGAUCGUUUGGUCAAGCUCAAACACCUGUCCGGCCACACACGGCCAACUCAGCGCGUUCAGCACCCCAAAAUUAUGAUGUGGGCAAUCCUUAUGACUCGGAAUAUGCGGACUACCGAGCACCAUCCGCGCCGGCAGUAUCGGGACCGUUCAAUCAGGCAUACAAUCCCGCUGGAGGCAAUCAACAAUAUCGGAUGCCUUUUGAACAAAGAGCGCAUCCUCGAGGAGGGUCUCAAGAUAACUACCAGGGUGGCGGGCUUCGACCCAAGACAUCUAAUUCAUCGCAUCCUGUCCCUGUGCGAGUUUAUCCGAGUGCCAACCCAACCAAUACAAGCGCCGGUACGAAUGCGAAUAAGUCGCAGGUGAAUGUUAUCAACAACAACCCUGACGCGUUGCCUGCUCACCCGGAGCCAGUCAGGCCAGGCUUGAGCAAUGGAUAUAAUGCUGCCGGGUCGGCACAGCCUGUCCAACCCUUAUCGAGACCGGCGCCAACAACAACACCGGCACCGGCACCGGCGCGACCACCGAGUGAUUCCAGUGGAAGAAACACACCGCCAGUCAGCAUCCAAGAGCUCAACCAGUUGCGACAAAUGUACAGUCAGAAUCCUGGCGAUCAUGCGCUUGGGCUGAGGCUGGCGAAACGAUUGGUGGAAGGCGCUCGAGUGCUCUCGGAUGAAGGAGGCAAGGCGGACGCGAAACAGACGCAAAAGAAUCGAGAACGAUAUAUUUUUGACGCGCACAAGUUGGUGAAGAAACUGGUGGCGGCCAAUUAUGCCGAGGCCAUGUUCUACCUUGCCGAUUGUCAUGGCCAAGGACUCCUGGGGCUACCGGUGGACGCCAAGGAAGCUUUCCAUCUCUAUCAAUCGGCCGCGAAAUUGGGUCAUGCACAAAGCGCCUACCGGGUGGCCGUUUGUUGCGAGUUGGGGUCUGAGGAAGGUGGUGGGACUCGACGUGAUCCGAUGAAGGCCAUGCAAUGGUACAAACGCGCGGCGACGUUGGGAGACACCCCUGCGAUGUACAAGCUCGGGAUGAUCUUGCUGAAAGGUCUACUGGGUCAGCCAAAGAAUCCGCGCGAAGGAGUUUCGUGGUUGAAACGAGCGGCCGAACGCGCGGACAAGGACAAUCCGCACGCGUUGCACGAACUGGGACUUUUAUACGAAUCGACGACGCCUCUAGACAACAUCAUCCGCGACGAAGGAUAUGCGUUUCAGUUGUUCCAGCAGGCCGCCGAUUUGGGGUACAAAUACUCGCAAUUUCGCCUGGGGUCGGCGUUCGAGUAUGGGUUGCUGGGAUGUCCUAUCGACGCGCGACAAAGCAUUGCGUGGUACACCCGUGCCGCGGCCCAGGGUGAACAUCAAUCCGAGUUGGCAUUGAGUGGAUGGUAUUUGACGGGGUCGGAGCCGUUGCUCACGCAAAGCGAUACCGAGGCGUUUUUGUGGGCGCGCAAGGCGGCGAGCUCAGGGCUGGCCAAAGCGGAAUAUGCCAUGGGGUACUUCAAUGAGGUCGGCAUUGGAACUGCGGUGGACCUGGAAGAGGCCAAGCGGUGGUAUUAUCGGGCAGCCUCACAAAAUUUCGCCAAAGCACGAGAACGGCUGGAGGAGUUGAAGCGCGGCCAGAAGAUGUCCAAGACCCGAGUCUCGCGAAGCAACGUCAACCGACAGAGUGAUGGGGAUUGUGUGGUCAUGUAAUGCAAUCAGGUCAAUGGGAAUGACAUGUAGUCAACGCCAACACGGAUAUGGACGAAUCUGCUCUCUCAAGCGACGAUGUCAAGAAAGGGGAAUGGAAUCAGGAAGGACAAGACAGGACACGACACUACUAGUACGACGCGGAGACGGCUACAUACGAGCAAAAGACCUGGCAGGAGCAGAGAGUGUGAGGCGGUGGAUACCUGGCGCAAAUGGAUUUACUGGUGUUCAUGUUCACGCGGGAAAAAUCUCAUGACAUGAAAUCGAGGCCCUCAGAUGUCGAGGCGUAAAUCAGGGAGGCCAGCUACUAGCACUGCCACUGCCACUGCCAGUGCAGUGGAUGAUGUUGAUUCGGUCAUAUGAUACUAACUACUGUAAUACAAAUUCAAACACCCUCAAAAAUG